AUGCCUCGUCCUGGUAAGAACUCUUACAGUGACCAGAAGCCUCCUUACUCCUAUAUAUCUCUAACGGCCAUGGCUAUCCAGAACUCAGCUGACAAGAUGCUCCCUCUGAGUGACAUCUACAAAUUUAUCAUGGAUCGUUUUCCUUACUACCGUGACAACACGCAGCGGUGGCAGAACUCUUUGAGACACAACCUCUCGUUUAACGACUGCUUCAUCAAAAUCCCUCGGCGACCCGACCAACCGGGGAAGGGCAGCUUCUGGGCCCUGCACCCGGACUGCGGAGACAUGUUUGAGAACGGCAGUUUCCUGAGGAGGAGAAAGCGUUUCAAGCUCCUGCGCACCGAGCACAUGACUUGCAAGAGUUCCCCGAUGAUGCACUACUUUCACCAUCACCACCACCAACAGCACCACCACCACCACCACCCGGGGGGCAAACUGGGCGCGGCGUCCGGGCACCACGACCACGCAGCAUCAGGGCCGGCCAACACCAUGAGCCGGCUGCCGCACUUCCAGGGUUACAGCGGCAUCCCCUGCACCCAGGCCGGGGGGUUUAAACACCCGUUCGCCAUCGAGAAUAUCAUAGGUAGGGACUAUAAGGGUGUAAUGGCCAGCGGGCUGCCCCUCAGCUCCGUCAUGCACCACCUAGGCUACCCGGUGGUCAGCUCAGUGUGGCCGCACGUCGGCAUGUUGUCGGACACCAUGGGCGGUGUCCCGGUGCCCAGCUCCUCCGAGUAUGCACCCUUCGGUGUGUCCAUGAAGGGCCUUUACCACAAUGCCAACGGGCAAAGUCUGCCCGCUGUUCCCGUGCCCAUCAAGGCCACUCCGUCCCUGGGGGUCGUGCCCGGCCUGACUGGGCUGCAGUCCGGCGCUGCCCACCCGCUGUGCGCACCGGCCUCAAUGCUGGAGAAAAGCGAGCCUCUGGAUGGAAAAGGCAACCCUUUGCAUCCGGCUCUCCUCCUGUCUUAA